AUGUCGGAAGAUCAUUCUCAUACAGAAGAUAAUACCCUUCAUGACACAUCAAAACCAAUAUGGAGAGCAAGACGUAUACCAACAUCCAAGUUCAAGUUAAAAUUGAAAUAUGGGGUUUACUUUCUGCUAACAAAGAACAGUUGUAGGCAAAUAUAUUGCUUUGGCUCUCAAAAAUGUAUCCACAUUGACACAUGUUUAUACAAGUUAAGUCAACUACAUGAAGAAGUGACAAAGCGUUAUUCAUCAAAGAACAACCCAAAAUUUUCUAUUCUUUAUGUUGACAAGUAUGCACCAGACAAAUCAUUUAUUGAGCUUGAUUCUGAUGAAAAGUUCAUGACUAUGCUUAGCAUGUAUGGAAGCGAGAAACAAGUAACCAUUUAUGUGACAACAGAGAAUAACCUCGGCUCCAGUAACCAUACUAACCAUUUGUGUGCCAAGAGAGAUGAACCACACGAAGAGUAUGAUGCAGACAUUUGUCCUAGUGAAGAAAGCUAUCAUAGUCAUCUCAAUUCUGAUAAUGAAGACAAUCUAAUGAAUGAUGAUGAUGAAGUUCACUCAUUUAGUAAGAAUAGUAUAAGCAUGGAAGUCAGCUCAAAAUUUGAAAAUUUGGUUGAUUUUAGGAGAGCUUUGAACCACUUUGCAGUCGCAAAUGAGUUUAACUACUACAUUCAGAAAAGUGACCCGACACGGUUCACAAAAAGCAACAAGGGUGGCAAUAAGCGUGCCAUUCAAGGAUGGAUUGCUAAUGUAGUUACUAACAAGUUGAAAUAUGAUGGGGAUGUCUCUCCAUAUGAGCUUAGAAAUUGGAUUAUGAAGACUUACAAUGUGGAUGUGCCAUACCUAAAAGUUUUUAGAGGGAAAGAGCAAGCUUAUACCGACAUGUAUGGUAAGUGGGAAGACUCUUUCAUGAAGAUGAAUGAAUUUAGAGAAGAACUAUUACGAAGGAGCGAAGGAAGCGUUGUUAAAAUUAACUUUGACAUAGUUGGUGGAAAGAAACUUUUCAAAAGGUUUUUUAUUUGUUUAGCAGCUUGUUCUAGAGGGUUUGUUGCUGGUUGUCGUCCGUAUAUUGGUCUUGAUGCUUGUCAUUUAAAAGGAAAGUUCAAUGGUGUACUAGCCGCUGCAACUGGUUUUCACAACUGGCAUUUUAGCCAGGAAAUUCUGUGA